AGAGUAUUGCGAAGUUUUCAUGUUUUUGCCUUUCUUUUUGCCUCUGGCAGAUUACUGCUAAAGGGGGAAACGGUUUGAGGCGGUUGGGACAAGUUAAUUUCGGUCUGGGAGGAUAACGUGCGGGACGCGAAAAUCACAGAAAAUAAAAUUGUAUAAAUAUGGAGAUUCGGCUUUGAAACCCUGGACUUUCUAGACGAGGUGAAUGUUCGAGGUUACACGAUGGUCCAACAGAGCAGGUCUCUUUCCAGUCCAGAUGCUGCAUCAUUGCUUCUCGGACACAUUACUCUGCAGUUUACGACCCUAAUGAAAAGACGUUUGACAAGAUUCUUAUUGCCAACAGAGGAGAAAUUGCUUGCAGGGUGAUCAAGACAUGUAAGAAGAUGGGCAUCAAAACUGUGGCAGUGCACAGUGAUGUGGACUCUGGUGCAGUGCAUGUGAAAAUGGCGGACGAGGCAGUAUGUGUUGGCCCGGCUCCCACCAGCAAAAGCUACCUUAACAUGGAUGCCAUCAUGGAGGCCAUUAGGAAAACCGGAGCCCAAGCUGUGCAUCCAGGCUAUGGAUUUUUAUCAGAAAAUAAAGAAUUUGCAAGAAGGCUGGCAGCAGAAGGUGUCACCUUCAUUGGACCUGACACACAUGCUAUUCAAGCCAUGGGAGACAAGAUUGAAAGCAAAUUAAUAGCCAAGAAUGCUAAGGUCAACACCAUUCCUGGCUUUGAUGGGGUGGUCAAGGAUGCAGACCAAGCUGUCAGAAUUGCAAGGGAAAUUGGCUACCCCGUCAUGAUCAAGGCAUCAGCAGGUGGUGGAGGGAAAGGCAUGAGGAUAGCCUGGGAUGAUGAAGAGACCAGGGAAGGUUUUCGCUUUUCUUCCCAAGAAGCAGCUUCAAGUUUCGGAGAUGACCGGCUGUUGAUUGAGAAGUUUAUCGAUAACCCUCGACACAUAGAAAUACAAGUUCUUGCUGACAAGCAGGGCAAUGCGCUCUGGUUGAAUGAACGAGAGUGCUCCAUCCAGAGGAGAAACCAGAAAGUGGUGGAAGAGGCACCUAGCACUUUCCUCGACCCCGAGACUCGGCGUGCCAUGGGAGAGCAGGCGGUUUCUUUGGCAAGGGCGGUGAAGUACUCCUCUGCCGGUACCGUAGAAUUCCUGGUGGACUCCCAGAGAUGUUUCUACUUUUUGGAAAUGAACACCCGCCUUCAGGUUGAACACCCUAUCACUGAAUGUAUUACAGGCCUGGAUUUGGUCCAAGAAAUGAUUCGAGUUGCCAAGGGUUACGCACUCCGACACAAGCAGACUGAUAUUCCCAUUAAUGGCUGGGCCGUUGAAAGCAGGGUUUAUGCUGAGGAUCCAUACAAAUCCUUUGGCUUGCCUUCGAUAGGUCGCCUUUCCCAGUACCAGGAGCCAGUGAAUUUGUCCAACGUGCGUGUGGACAGUGGUAUUCAAGAAGGAAGUGACAUCAGUAUUUAUUAUGAUCCAAUGAUAUCUAAAUUGGUUACAUAUGGCUCGACUCGUGCUGAAGCACUUCAGAGAAUGGAGGAGGCUCUAGACAAUUAUGUCAUUCGAGGUGUAACACAUAACAUUCCUCUUUUACGAGAGAUAAUUGGGCACCCCCGAUUUGUUAAAGGUGAUAUCAGCACAAAAUUCCUCCCAGAAGUCUACCCCGAAGGAUUUAAAGGCCAUCAGUUAACGGAUUCAGAGCAGGAGGAGUUGGUUGCAUCUGCUGCCUCCUUGUUUGUAGCAACUCAACUGAGAUCUCAGAGGUUUUUAGGCAGCUUGAGAGUCUCUACUUCACAGCAGGAGCAGAAGAGGUGGGAGCUGUCAGUGGAGCUGGAAAAGGGUGUUCAUGCCGUUACUGUUUCCCGCUUAGGAUCAACCUACACAGUGGAGAUGGGAGUGAAGAGCUUGGACGUGACCAGUGAGUGGAACCUGGCGUCUGCUUUGUUACCUGUCAGUAUCAACGGCACCCAGAGGACUAUGCAGUGCCUUUCCCGUACCGCAGGAGGAGAGAUAAGUCUUCAGUAUUUGGGCACAGUGUUUAAAGUGAGGGUGUUGAGCAAGCUGGCUGCAGAACUGAGCAGGCAUAUGCCUGAAAAAGUGCCAGAAGACACCAGCAGUAUCCUGAGGUCCCCAAUGCCCGGCACUGUGGUGGCUGUAUCUGUAAAUCCUGGAGACACGGUGGCAGAAGGACAAGAAAUCUGCGUGAUUGAAGCAAUGAAAAUGCAGAAUAGCAUGACUGCUGCCAAAACAGCCAAGGUUAAGAGUGUCCACUGCAAGCCUGGGGAAACUGUUGGUGAAGGCGAUCUCCUUGUAGAGUUGGAGUAAAGACAUCCCUUCUUUAGGAUUUUUCAAUCGUCUGGGACAAAGCCUUUCAGGUUUGGAAAGAAGAAAUAUCAGCAAGCUAUCAACACCAUAGUUCAAACAUUCCCUUCUGGCAAUUUUUUAUACAGACAGUAAUUUAUUACUGAAAAAAAUGCUGAUUGUGAAUUAUUAUUCCUCUUCCUCUGAACUUUACUGUUAGAAUAUGUACAGUACUGUUACAAAUCGAAAUCUCUAACUAAUUUCCCACUGGAUGAAAUCAAUAGAUUCAAGUGCCAUUUAAGAUCAAAGCUAAGUCUUUUAUUGUUCUUUCAGAAGAUUUUUUUUAAAGCCUUACAAUGUUGUUUUUUAAAAUGCUUUGUAAGUGAUUUGAUAGAGUAAUACAAGCAGCAAUCUUUCAUUCUAACUACCUCCUCCCAUUGACAACAGUUUUCUGAUUGUCCCAAACUACAGUAAUCACAGGUGCCGAGUGACUCCAUUUGAAUAACACUUGUUUCCAUCCAAAUAAAGAAUCACUGGUACAAAGA